AUGUCAUAUUCAGAUCUUUUUACACCUCAUAUUGAGCCUAAGUCAUAUGUUGAAGCUUGUAAAUAUGACUGUAGGAACAAAGCUAUGCAAGUUGAGUUGUCUGCACUUAUGAAGACAAAUACUUGGAAUAUUGUCUAUUUGCCUGCAAAUACCAAUCCAAUUUGCUGCAGAUGGGUCUACAAGAUUAAACAUCAUGCUGAUGGCAUCAUUGAGAGAUUCAAAGCUAGGAUAGUUUCUAAGGGUUACAACCAAAUUAAAGGCCUAUACUACUUUAAAACCUACUCUCAUGUUACAAAAUUAACUACAGUUAGAACUGUGAUUGCUAUUGUCUCCAUCAAUAAUUGGCAUCUUCACCUAUUAGAUGUAAAUAAUGCAUUCCUACAUGGACAACUUCAAGAGGAUGUUUACAUGACAAUUCCACCAGGUGUUACAACUUUCAAAUCCAAUAAGUUUGCAAACUUGUUAAUCCUUAUAUGGACGAAAACAAACUAG